GUGAAAUACUGACUCACCGUUGUCACUAUGGCAAGUCUGUUCAGCAUUGUGGCCAUGCUGGCUAUGCUGUCCACCGGGUUGUGUGAGGAGAAAAACUUUCUGCAGCGGGCUGGUGUGGCCUUUAACAGCAGACAGUACAGGUCUUUGCUUACUGUGAACAACGGAGAGCAGUUUGGAAACUGGACCUGGCCAGAGAUGUGUCCUGAAAAGUUCUUUGCAGUUGGCUUCAGUAUCAGGGUGGAGCCAAACCAGUAUGGGGGGGAUGAUACCGCCCUGAACGGGAUUCGCCUCAUCUGCGCCAAAGAUGGUGCCCGAAGCUUCCUGUACUCUAUUGAGUCCCACACUGGCUACUUUGGCGACUGGUCCCAGCCUCAGUACUGCCCCACUGGUGUGCUCACGUCUUUCCAGAUUCGUGUGGAGCCCCAUCGGGGAAUGUUUGGUGAUGACACGGCUGUCAACAACAUCAGGUUCCGCUGCAGCAGUAACCCGACUCUGGAGGGACCUGGUACGGAGUGGGGAGAGUAUGGCCACUGGAGCCAGGAAUGUCUUGAUGGAGGAAUCUGUGGCAUUGAGUCCAAGAUGGAGGAAUACCAGUACGGCCUGGAUGACUCCAGCCUCAAUGAUGUGCGCUUCCACUGCUGUGCCAAGCCUCAGCAGUGAUCUGCAGGUGAGAACCUUGGUCGAGCCCAUCUCCAACACUCGAAACUCAAAGAUGACCAAUAAUAAAACACUCAUCUGAA